AUGGCCACCAUCUUGAGUACUGGCAGAGGGAAAGUCCAUUCACUGGCUCUUCAAGUAUCUGCCUGGAACACUCCCUACUGGGGAUGUGCCCAUAACCAAGACAAGGCACCUCUAUCUAAGAGUCUUUUACUGGUCCCCAGUGCCCUGUCUCUUUUGCUGACUCUACUCCUGCCACACUGUCAGAGGUUCUUCCUGUAUGACCUCCAAGCAGUCAAGGAUGACUUUCAGAUUUGGAGGCUGAUAUGUGGAAGAAUAAUUUGCCUUGAUUUGAAAGAUAGUUUCUGCAGUAGUCUGCUUAUUUAUAAUUUUAGGAUAUUUGAAAGAAGAUAUGGAAGCAGAAAAUUUGCAUCCUUUUUGCUGGGUUCCUGGGUUUUGUCAGCCUUGGUUGACUUCAUCCUCGUUGAAGCUAUGUGGUAUUCCUUUGGUAUCACUGCAUCCAGGAAUUUGCCUUCUGGAUUCCUGGCACCUGUGUUUGCUCUGUUUGUACCAUUUUACUGCUCCAUACCGAGAGUCCAAGUGGCACAUAUUCUGGGCCCGUUGUCCAUCACAAACAAGACAUUGAUUUAUAUAUUGGGACUGCAGCUUUUCACCUCUGGUUCCUACAUCUGGAUUGUAGCCAUAAGUGGACUUAUUUCCGGUAUCUGCUACAACAGCAAAAUACUACAAGUUCAUCAGGUGCUGUACAUCCCAAGCUGGAUGGCAAAGUUCUGUUCUUGGACACUUGAGCCCAUCUUCUCAUCUUCAGAACCUACCACUGAAGCCAGAGUCGGGAUGGGGGCCACAGUAGACAUUCAGAGGCAGCAAAGAAUGGAACUGCUCGAUCGGCAGCUGAUGCUUUCCCAGUUUGCACAAGCGAGGCGACAAAGACAGCAGCAGGGAGGAAUGAUCAAUUGGAAUCGACUUUUCCCUCCUUUACGUCAGCGACGAAAUAUAAACUAUCAGGAAGGUCGGCGGGCUGAACAACAAGCAUCUCCUCCUCUAGAAGUUUCUGAGGAACAGGUGGCCCGGCUCAUGGAGAUGGGAUUUUCCAGAGGCGAUGCUUUGGAAGCCCUGAGAGCUUCGAAUAAUGACCUUAAUGUGGCCACCAACUUCCUGCUGCAGCACUGACCGUCCCCACGGACAACACUGGGACUGGCCGAGCCGCUGACCACAGCGGGCGCCAUCCCUGCUCCUGUGUCAGCCGGAGGCUCCUGCGUCCAGUGAUGUUCUUCUCCGGCGAAGGGCGGGUCCCGCUGCUCCCUCGCUAAUUCAAGGUCGUUACUGUUCGGGUAUGGAAAAUCAGUUUCAGUACUCUAAAGUAAGUUUGCCAUUAAAUUAGCAUGUAUUUUCUGUCUUUGCUUUUUUAUUGGGUGUUUUCCUUAGUUUGGAGAAUCAUCACUCAUUCCUAAUGUGUUUAAAAUGCAUUAAAAUUGCAGCUGUCUGCAAGCAGUUGAAUAGCACUCCAGAUGGGAAAUUACUGCUAUUGUAAUAUUAUCCUUUUUCUUAUAAUGCAUCAUCCUACGUUAUAUCUCACCAUAAACGCUGUAAAAGGAGAAAGGGAAUGCUAUUCAGAAAGGACAUGUCAGGUUGUCCCUUAGGGACCUUUUUCAUCGCUGUUUUUUCCCCCUCAAAUUUGUUUUCCAGCCCUAAUGGCUGUUCAUUGCCACACUUCCUAGGGGUACCUGUCUGCUGCCCGCAGUAUUGGCCGGGCCUUGGUGAUGAGGGAGACACGGAGAACUAACUCCUACCCUGAUCCAGCCCUUUCUUGUCCAGGGAAUUUUUCCCAACUCCUCCCCACCUCCUGAUAACCAGUUACUGACUCUAGGUUCUGGAAUACUCCAUGACACUUACCUGGAGUGAACUUUGCUUAGAGUAUCCACAGUUAUCCACCCAGGUUAGGGGGGAGUGGGUCAGAAGAGAAAACAGAAUGGUGGGCAGGCUGGGCCAAUAGGGCAGGCGCUCCUGGCCUAGGGCAGACUGGGACCUGGGCUCCAGGCAGUCACCUGAGGGGCAUGUCAUCGCCGUGGAGAUGGUGGGAGGCCGGAAGGGGCGAGGCUGAAGAGACCUAACACAGGUGGCUCAAGGUUUAAGGAAAUUGUACGACUGUGUUCUGCAAAAUGAGCAGAAAUGUAUCAAAUUGACGUGAAUUUGGACAUGUAUGAUACUUACAAUAAAGUUUUUAACGUGCAUUA